GAAGGGAACAGAGGGGUUGUAUUUUUAAAAACCAUGUGCUCUCUUGCAAGCCUGACAGUGAUUAAGUAGAAAGGCUCCCAGAGUAGAACUGGUGUGCCUUUCAAAGACGAAAGAAAGUAAGGCAGACUCCACCACAGAGCUCUAAUUGACACAAAGAGAAAAGAAGAGGAGAACAUUGUAAUCAAUCUAAAACUACAAAAGGUAGAGUGGAUAAACAUGGAUCUAAAGACUGAAAGCUCCUCAAAUGGCUUCCCAUCAGAGAUCAACUUGGAGAAGUUACACAAGAUGGCUGCAGAGCUGACACUGCCGGGAAAAUUCAUCCUCAGGCUCCUGAAUGCUGCUCUGGUGUUUGUAACAAACUUACUGGCCAGAAUUUUAGGAAGCAACCUUGUCAGAGGACAUUUCCACCUGAUGCUGUCUGGUUUGGUUCUGUUUGGUCCUGUGCUGAGUUUUUGGGUGUCAAAGUACAGCAUCUUCGCAAACAGCAACCACUACCUGUACAGGAAGUUCCUUAAGUCCACUUGGGGUUGGACCUGCAUCUUCACAGGUUCCUUCAUCCUUCUCCUCUCCAUCUCAGCCCGUCACUCCCCGUCUCUCCUCCUCCGCCACCUCUCUCGAGUAGGGGUAGUCGGGUUGCUCUGGUGGGGCUGUCAGCGUCUCCUGGCCCUGCUGGAGGAUGCAGCAGGAACCUGUUAUGAACCUAUGACCCCUGCCCAGGAUAUCCAAGGCACUGCCUCCUCAGUACAGCCCCUGCUGCUCCUGCACGAAGACCAGACCAAGGCCUCCUGCCUCAAAGCCAACAUGGUGUGGAGAGGUUACGAAGUAUCCCAGGACGUGCUCAUCCUGUGCUUGUGUUGCCUGCUGCUUGUGGAGGAAAUGUCUGUCUUUGGCCCUCACCUGGCCCGAGCGAAGCCUCUGCAGAGGUUGCCUGGUGCCCCUUUAAGGUUCAUCUUCCUCCUGUGUGUAGUUCUACUUGCUGUUUGGAUGUUCCUGCUGCUGUGUUUGCUCGCACACUUCCCCCAGUUCCCCUCCCAGCAGCUGGGAGGAGCUCUGGGCUACCUGGGAUGGAGAGGACUCUAUCAGGGAUGGUACAGACUCAAACCGAGCUGGGGCUGUCCUGGUCUGCCAGGAGAGGGACUUUUUACCAACACGGACAUCGACAAACAGCCUGAGUAGUAUGAAACCCUCAGUAGAUGAUGUUUUGGAGAUGUGAUUGUGACCUUGAAAGCUCGGGCUCAAGUUUUGCAAAGUCAAAAUGACAUCCCAUUAGGGUUGUGAAGAGACUCUAGGUAUAGUAUAUUACCUGUAAACACCAUUGACAACACUACAUAACUCUGGCAAUAUGCAGGUUACUUUCAUUGUAGGUCAAUAUUAGUCUAAAACCAGAUUUGAAAUUCCCAUUUGGGGAAAAAAAAAGAAGCGCAGACAGAAUUAUUGGAAUCAUGCUGCUUUAUUUUGUAAUCUGAACCAAAAUGAAUGCACAACAAGAAAAAGAAGACAUUUUUGUCAGAGCAGGUGUAUUGUUACUUGUUGAGUGUCAUACUACACUAGUUGUAUCUUGUUAAGAGUGCUGAAGUCAGUCUCAGUAGAUGAGAGCUUUGUCUCCUCUGGGCUUCUUAAUCUUGUCAUAGUUCUUGUUAAUGAUGU